ACUGGCUCAAUCCACCACCACGAAAUUCCAAGUCCGACGAACUCACCCGCCUCUGCAGCAGCCGCUUCCCCUUCGCCGGCGCGACAAGCUCUCCUCCUUCUCGAUGGCCCGCACGAAGCAGACGGCGCGCAAGUCCACCGGCGGGAAGGCGCCGAGGAAGCAGCUGGCGACCAAGGCGGCGCGCAAGUCUGCCCCGGCCACCGGCGGCGUCAAGAAGCCGCACCGCUUCCGCCCCGGCACCGUCGCCCUCCGUGAGAUCCGCAAGUACCAGAAGAGCACCGAGCUGCUCAUCCGCAAGCUCCCCUUCCAGCGCCUCGUCCGCGAGAUCGCGCAGGAUUUCAAGACCGACCUCCGGUUCCAGAGCUCCGCCGUCGCCGCGCUGCAGGAGGCUGCGGAGGCGUACCUCGUCGGGCUCUUCGAGGACACCAACCUGUGCGCCAUCCACGCCAAGCGCGUCACCAUCAUGCCCAAGGACAUCCAGCUCGCCCGCCGCAUCCGCGGCGAGCGCGCCUAAUCGGUCGCUUGAUCCGAGCUAGCUCCUGUUCCAAGAUAGCUUAGUAGUAGCAGUGAUGUAGUAACUUGUUGCAGUGGCUGUCAAUUGUUCAUCUGAUUAUUAAUGGGAAAUCCACCUUCCGUUUUCAAAUCUGGCUAUUUGUUUGACCUGUUUUACAUGAAAGAUUUAACGCCAGUUCAAAGGGAUGUGUAGAAUGCCUGCAAAGAAUCAGUGUACCAUAUGAAUGUAUAUGUGUAGGGAUGGCAAAUUAAAUUUACACAGUUAUUUUGUUUUAGAACAAAGCAAGCAUUCAGCCAU